GGCAAAGGGAGAGCUGGUGAAACAGGGACUAGCAAUGAAAAAGCGAGGGAGAAAGUGAAAUCACAGCAGCACAGAGGAGAGACCUAACAAGGAGGAGAGCAAGGAUGAGUGAAGGAGAAAGUGCUGAGCAGUGAGGUCUCCAGAGAAGAAGAGGAGACGAGAGGAGAUGAGCUGGGAGAGGAGGGUGAGCAGCCAGCACUGAGAACAUCCAUCAGCUCAGGCAGCCAUGCUCUGAGCCCUGGAGCAGCAGGGCUACGCAAAUACGGCUCAGGCCUACCAUCAGGCCUACAUCAGUCCUCCGUCCCAGCCACAAACAGCAGGGCAGGGAUAGAAGAAGACUCGCCUCACAUCAGCUGUGCAUCAGAGCCAUGAGGACAGCCAGGAAGGGCAGCGUCGAGAUGCCUGCUUUCAUGCGGCAGCUGGUUAAAGAGACCGAGAAGAGGGUCAGCUCUUUCUUCAAGGGGGGACGUGGAGGAGCAGCAGAAGGGGAUCAUCCAGGGGAGGGGGAGAAAGAGGAAGUCAUCCCCAGUCCUUACCUAGACCGUCCUGUCCUCGACAAACUAGCAGAGGAGGGCUGUGCCCGCUGGGGUCUCACCUACGCCCUGGGGAGCAUGCAGGGCUGGAGGGCCAACAUGGAGGACUUCCACAACUGUGUUCCACAGCUGGGAGGACAGCUGGCUGACUGGAGCUUCUUCGCUGUAUUUGAUGGUCAUGCUGGAAGCACAGUGGCACAGUACUGCUCCCAGCACCUUCUGGGUCACAUGCUGGCCACAGGUGGAUUGGUCCCAGAAGACGACCCCCUAAAGGUGAAAGGAGCCAUCAUCGAGGGCUUCCUGCAAACAGACAAGCACCUGCAUUCAGUGGCACGUCGAGAAGGUUGGGAAAGGGGUGGCACCACUGUGGUAUCCACUCUCAUCUCACCGUAUUACAUCUACUUCGCCAACUGUGGUGACUCGAGGGCCAUGCUGUGCAGGUCUGGGCAAGUUUGCUUCUCCACUGAGGACCACAAACCUUACAGCCCUUUUGAGAAAGAGCGAAUAGAAAGCGCAGGCGGCUCAGUGACCGUCCAAAGGAUCAAUGGCUCCCUGGCAGUGUCCCGUGCUCUGGGGGACUUCAGCUACAAGGCAGCCGAGAACAGGACGCCCAGCCAACAGAUGGUGUCACCAGAGCCAGAGGUGUGUGUGGUGGAGCGUUCACCCGCAGAUGAGUUCCUGGUGCUGGCCUGUGACGGAGUGUGGGACACCAUCAGCAAUGAGGACCUGUGCGCCUUCAUCCACAAUCGGCUGCGUGUCUGCACUGACCUGAGAGAUGUCUGCACUCAAGUCAUUGACCUUUGUCUCUACAAGGGCAGCCUGGACAACAUCAGCAUCAUCCUGCUGUGCUUCCCUGGAGCCCCCCAGCUGUCAGCAGAGGCAUUACACCAGGAGGCCGAGCUGGAGGACCUGCUGGAGUCCAAAGUAGCAGAGAUUUAUGAAGAGCUGUGUGCCAGAGGUGAAGAUCCAGACUUGUUGUCAGUGCUCACUGUCCUUGCAUCCGCUGUCAUUCCUGGACUACCACCAGGAGGAGGCAUACAGAGCAAAAGAAACUGCAUUAUUUCUGCUUACUACCAACAAAGAGAGAUGCACAACCCCACACUACCAAAUGGCCUGUGAGGAUACUGAGCAGGCUGCCUGGGAUUUCAUCUCAAGGGUUCCAUGGAGGGACUUUAAUUAAUGUCGAUAUUAAAAGUGUUUUCUUCAUGUGUGCAAUUUAACAAAAAGGGAGAUUAUUUAUAGAAACCGUUGCCAGCAAGCAGCAUCUUGUUGUAAUGAAUGCAAAAAUAGGUGUAGGCUAAUGAAAGCUUACAUUUUAUAUUUCUAAUAGAAGAAGAUUUUGUAAAACUAUCUCAGAGAAACUGAUCCAGCAACAAACCUCUGCCUCAUAUUCAAUGAACAGAAGCAACAGAUGAUCAUUUCAAUGAAAGUCUGUUAGAUUUACAAACUACUGUGAAAUGGCAUAUUUCUGUUGGAUAGAUAAAGUAUAUCAGUCAGUAUAUAAAUAGUGUUAUAUUUUAAAGAUGAUGUGAUAAGAAUAGAUUUAAAAGAGUAGAGUUUAAGAGUACUUUAAUGUUUUUGAUGAUCAAAGUUUGCCUUUCCUCUACAGGAAGGAAAAAUGUGUCAGUGCUAGCUAAACGCUAGCAUGCAGCCAACAUGUACCCAUUUGGUUAAACAGGGAAUGCUAACAGCUGCUCGGCUGAUUGGAAAGCACAAAUACUGUAUCUCUUAGAGUGACAGACAAACAAGCACUCAUUAAAUGUUCAAUUUUAGUAAUUAAAUCUUGACACAUACUCACACUCAGUCCAGAAACAAAUACAUUUCAUGCAAACUACUAAUCCUCUUGAAGGUGGAUUUUUACAUUUAAAAGUGCUUGUUGAAGAUAAACAUGUAGAAUAAGAUUCACUUGGUCAGAGUGAUGCUUGAAAAAUUAGAUUAUAGGUCAGAAUAAUUUAAUAGAUUGUUUAAAAAAACAAAUUAAAGCAUGUCUCAGAUUUCUUUGUGAGCAAAAAUUUAACUAAAUUCAUCCAAAAUCAAAAAAAUACCCUAAAAUCACUUUAACAGACCAAUUAAAAAAAACAUUCAAGUUCUACAUAUAUACAUUUAUCUUCAUAUAAAACCAUAUUUCUAAAAAUAUUCUUCAAUACAGUGUAUAUGAAAUGUGUUUUUUCCAUAAGUUGAAUGAUGUACUGUGAUGCCUUAUUCAUAUUUUAUAUUGAUGAUAAAACUAACAGCAGAACGGGUCAGAAUAUCUUCAUUGUUACAUUAUCUCAGUGAGUCAUUUCCUCUGUAUAGACAUUACAUGUAAGUCAUGAUUGUUCCAAACUUAAAUAAAGAAUAUUUGACUGAU